UUUUUUCAACAAGAAGCAAAGCAGACUGCCAGCAGUUUUGAGAGCUUGUGAAAACAGCUUGCAAGGAAAAUGAAGCUCCCUAUUUUCAUAGCAGAUGCAUUCACAGCAAGAGCAUUUCGUGGGAAUCCUGCUGCUGUUUGCCUCCUAGAAAAUAAAUUGGAUGAAGACAUGCAUCAAAAAAUUGCAACGGAAAUGAACCUGUCUGAAACUGCUUUUAUCCGAAAACUGCACCCAACUGACAACUUUACACAAAGUUCCCGCUUCGGAUUAAGGUGGUUUACGCCGGCAUGUGAGGUCCCUCUCUGUGGCCAUGCUACCCUGGCUUCUGCAGCUGUGCUGUUUCACAAAAUAAAAAACGUGAAUAGUACUCUAACCUUUGUCACUCUGAGUGGGGAACUAAGGGCCAAAAGAGAAGAGGAUGGGAUCGUCCUGGACUUUCCUCUUUAUCCAGCCCACCCCCAGGACUUCCAUGAAGUGGAGGACUUGAUAAAGACUGCAAUAGGUGACACACUGAUCCAGGACAUCUGCUAUUCUCCAGACACCCGAAAGCUCCUUGUCCGGCUCAGUGAUACUUACAACAGGUCAUUUCUGGAGAACCUGAAGGUGAACACACAGAAUCUGCUGCAAGUGGAAAACACAGGGAAGGUGAAAGGACUCAUUCUCACCCUUAAAGGAGACCCUGAUGGGCAGGCCCAAGCGUUUGAUUUUUACUCCAGAUAUUUUGCGCCGUGGCUUGGCGUGGCGGAAGACCCCGUAACAGGGUCUGCACAUACCGUUCUCAGCAGCUACUGGUCCCAGCAACUGGGGAAGAAAAACAUGCAUGCCUGUCAGUGCUCCUGCCGAGGAGGAGAACUGGAGAUUUCUCUGCAUCCUGACGGAAGAGUUGACAUUAGGGGAAGCGUUGCUAUCGUGUUAGAGGGCACGCUGACAGCCUAAGGUGGUAGUGCUGCGGUGCUGCUAUCUUGAAUGACUAAGUAUUUUCUGCAUGAAAACAAAUGUAAGGGGCUGCCUUUAGCAAAUCUGCACAGUAGUCCACUUAAUCCUCAUGUUAGAAAAAUGAAGACAUAUCAAUGGAGAUUUAAUAAUACUUCCUGAUUAAUUAACUAA